CGUUCGGUUCCACGAUGGGACUGUGGCCAACACAUUAGAGCUUUUUGAACAUCUCAACGCUCAAUUUCCCUUUUUUGUUUUGGCCUUUCCAAGAAGAAGAAGAAGAAGAUCGCCAUGAUGGAUUGCUUUUCCAGCUCCUUUGAAUCGGUUCCGUCGUACGAGCUGCUGCUUAAAGCUGCCUUCAGCAUUCCGAUCUCCCACUAUUUCUUCGGAGCUUUCUUCAUUUUUCUCCUCUGUUUCUGCCAUUUUCUUGAAAUCCAUUUUUUCCGGGAUUUACUCACUGGAUUCGCUGGGCAACCCGUGUCCUUGACCUUCCAUUCUUCUUCUCCCGUCUACCACUUCGUCGCUUCCAAAUGUAAAAUUCUCCAUUCCAGAUAUUUGUCGACACCUUGGCUUUGCAGUCCUCACCUGCAGACUGCUUUCUUAACCUUCUUUGGAAGGCCUCCUGCUUAUAACUACACAAGAGAGCUGUUUAAGUUGGCUGAUGGUGGGACGAUAGCUUUGGACUGGUUGAUGCAUACUGAUGUAAUGAAACCAGGUGUUCAAGAAAAUGGUGCAAUUAUCCCUGAUGGAAAAAUUCCUAUCAUGAUAGUCAUACCUGGCUUGACUAGUGACUCCGAUGCUGCUUAUGUGAGGCACUUGACUUUCAAGAUGGCAAAAUGCGGAUGGAAUGUAGUUGUGAGCAAUCAUCGGGGGCUUGGGGGAGUUUCAUUAACUUCUGAUUGCUUCUAUAAUGCUGGAUGGACACAAGAUAUUCGCAAAGUCAUCGAACAUAUUCACUGUCAACACCCUGAAGCUCCUCUUUUCACUGUUGGAACUAGCAUUGGGGCUAAUAUACUGGUAAAGUAUCUUGGUGAAGAAGGGCUUAAAACUCCCAUCAUUGGGGCUGCAGCUAUCUGUUCUCCUUGGGACCUUCUGAUAUGUGACAGAUUUAUUAGCCGCAGGCUUGUGCAGAGGUUCUAUGACAAAGCCUUAACAUUUGGCUUAAAAGGUUUUGCCCAAUUACACCAGAGUGUUCUCUCUCGUCUUGCAGAUUGGGAAGGCAUUACAAAGUCACGUUCUGUCCGGGACUUUGACAAUUAUGCUACUCGUCUUGUUGGAAAGUAUGAGACUGUGGACACAUACUACAGGCGUUGCAGCAGUGCUGGUUAUGUUGGUAAUGUUAUGGUCCCUCUUCUAUGCAUCAGUGCUAUAGAUGAUCCAGUGUGUACAAGGGAAGCAAUUCCAUGGGAUGAGUGUCGGGCAAAUAAAAACAUCAUUUUGGCUACCACACAGCACGGAGGACACCUAGCAUAUUUUGAAGGGAUAACUGCAAAAAGUGUCUGGUGGGUAAGGGCUGUUGAUGAAUUCUUCUCUAUUCUGAACUCCAACCCAUUGAUUCACACAAGUAAAGAGAUGCAAGUGGCAUCCCCCAGUCCUGAAGAAAUUUCAAUUGAUCAGGCGCCAUAUGUAAAUGUUGUGGAAGAUGGAAUGGUAACUGCAAUUGGCAAUGGGCAGUUAGCUGAUAUGGGGCAUCUAAACAAUGAUAAUAUGGCUUCACAUGACAAGGCUGAGGAUGCAGUUUCUGCUGUAGCUGCAAUUGGAAAUGGGCAAACAACUCAAGUAAGGUCUCUUGAAAAUGAUAAUUGUAUCCAACAUGACAAGGCUGAGGAUAAAUUAUCUGAUACUGGAAAAAAUGGAGAAACGCCAAAUGUGGCAGCUGGUCAUGCUUUAGCUUCAGGACGAAAUGCUAGUGACAUAAUUGCUCCAGUUAAAAGGUGUGUAGAUAAGCUAUCACGUCACAGUAGGAAAUCAAUGUGGUUGUUGGCAUACAUAGCAAUUAUAACCACCUGGCCAGUUGUGGGUUCUGCUCUUCUCCUGUUCUUCAAGAAGAAGUUCCGCACUGUGUUUUCACGAACUUCACUUGGGAAAUGAAGUUAUAUCGCGGAUUAAUUAUUCUGGAUCUUAUUCUAAGUAUUUGUUUUCUGGCUCUGUAUAUCAUUUCUCAUGUUGCCAGGGAUAUGAUAUUCAGAGUUUGGAUAGUUUUGGUGAGGGGAAUAUAUCAUUAAGAAGAUGAUAAAAAAAGGAGUUCAAAAUCUGUUGGGAAGCUUGAGCUUCACAUCAUCUUUGAAUUGAUGUCGGUUCAUAAGUUGAUAAUCUUGGACUGACAAGAAUCGUGUCUGUAAUACAUGCACACAAUACAAUGUAAACUUCCGUUGAUGUUAAGUCGCCUGUAUCUGCUUGAAGCCUUGAAGAAAAA